AUGGAUUACGCUCGAGGUUUAGUUGAUUAUAUCAAUUCAUCACCAACUCCAUAUCAUGCAGUUGAUACAACAAAGUCAAUGUUAAUCUCAGAUGGAUUUAAAGAAUUAUCAGAAAAAGAAACAUGGGAUUUAGAAAAUAAUAAGAAAUAUUUCGUUACGAGAAAUGGAUCAUCUUUAAUUGCAUUUAAAACUUGUGAUUUUAAUGCUGGUAUUGGUAUCGCUGCAGCUCAUACUGACUCACCUUGUCUCAGAAUCAAGCCAAUCUCAAAUAGAGAAUCAGAAGGUUAUAUUCAAAUUGGAGUUGAAUUAUACGGAGGUUUGAUUGCUCAUUCAUGGUUUGAUAGAGAUUUAUCAAUUGCUGGUAGAGUUUACGUUAAGGAAGGUGAUAAAUUUGUUUCGAAAUUGUUAAAAAUAGAUAAACCAUUAUUGAAAAUUCCGUCAUUGGCUAUUCAUUUAGAUCGAACAGUUAAUCAAAAAUUUGAGUUUGAUAAAGAAACAAGAAUGAUUCCAAUUGUUGGUCAAACUCAUUUAUGUAAAGAUCUGGAAGAUUCAAAGUUGAGUGAAGAAGAAUUUCAAUCUGUUGAACAUGUUAUAAAAAGACAUAAUAGAUCAUUAAUUGAAUUAAUUGCAAAAGAAUUGAAUGUUGAUCCUUUACUAAUUGAAGAUUUUGAAUUAUUAUUAUUUGAUCAUCAAAAAGCUACUAUUGGUGGAUUAAAUGACGAGUUUGUGUUUGGUGCAAGACAAGAUAAUUUGGUUUCUUGUUAUGCUGCUACAAAAGCAUUAAUCGAAAGUGAGAAUAAAGGUUUUCCAUUGAUUUCGUUAUUUGACCACGAGGAAAUUGGAAGUCUUUCAGCUCAAGGUGCCGACUCUUCCUUCUUGCCUGAUGUAUUAAGGAGGAUUACGAGAGACAAGUAUUUUGAAGUAAUGGCAAAGUCAUUUAUUGCUUCAGUUGAUGCUGCUCAUUCAGUUCAUCCAAAUUAUAAAGAAUUUCAUGAAAAUAAUCAUAAACCAGUUAUGAACAAAGGACCCGUUAUUAAGGUUAACGCCAAUCAGAAAUAUUUGACAAACUCACCAGGUAUUGUUUUAUUUAAGAAUAUUGCAAAACAAGCUAAUAUACCACUUCAAUUAAUCGUUGGAAAGAAUAAUGCCCCCAUAGGAUCAACUUUAGGGAAAUUCAUAGCUGGUCAGCUAGGGAUUGUUACGCUCGAUGCUGGUGUGCUGUGCCUUUCUAUGCAUUCAAUCCGUGAGUGCACUGGUGCUCUAGAUGUCGGGUUAUUCACAAUUUUGUUAAAAUCGUUUUUUGAGAAUUUUGACGAAAUGAACAAUAGAAUCGCCUAA